CUUUGCGCCGAACGUCUUUCAAAAUCUAAACAAUUUUUAAAAAUUUAAAUCAACUUUUUACAAUUUGUCAAUUUAACGGAAUUCUGUUAAUAACAUCCACUGCUUCGUUAACAGAGUUCACCAACGCAGCAACACUAUUGUCCAUGGAAACGAACAUUUAUUUAUUUUCAAAAAUAUUUUAACACAGCAAUCGUUGUUCCUUUUGUUAAAUUGAAAAAUUAAAAUUUAAAAACAGAAAAAAAAAUUAUUUUUUUUGCAAAAAAUCUUAUAAAAUUUAAUUUUUUCCUUUAAUUUCCUUAAAAUAAAAUCCGUUUUCGUACCAACAUGUCGGCAGAUUUGAAAAAGUUGGAUAACAAAAAUGAAGAUGUAGUCAAACCUGGUGCAUUUACUCGAGCACCUAAGCCGAUAGUCUUAUCUUCCCAGCGUUUUAAUAAAAUUGUUAAUAAUGCUACCACCACGGAUCAUUCAAAGGCUGUUGCAGAGGCGGAAGAGAUUCAAAAAUACAAGGAGCAGCUGAAGGCGGGCAAUGAUGAGUUAGUGGCUCAAUUUAAGGGCAAUAUGCAGAGAACCCAGGAACAGAAGUUGCAGCAGAUUAAAGAGCAAAUGGAUAAGAAAAAUAAACAAGGCAUCGCCGACUAUGAGCAGGCUAAAGAAAACGAAGCACAGAAGCGUCAAGAGAAAAUUGCUAAAGCUCAACAGAUUAUGGAACGCCUUAAGCCAGGUCCGCGAGAAUUACAUAGCGCUGUGCUACAAAGUGAAGUGUUGAGAGCCCGCAAUGUACAACGCAGCAUAAAUGAAGAAUUCGAAAAGGUAGCGUUAAAACAAGAACGUGAAACUAAGAAAAUGUGUAAUGAACAAGCUUUAAGUUGGAUUGGUGAGGAGCAACAACGUCUCAAUGAACGUCAAAAGAAUACUAUUGCCUAUAAGAAGGAACUAUUGCAGACCAUCAAUGAAAAUCAAAAACAACGUUAUGAACAAAAGAGACAAAUGAUAAAGGAGCAACAGGCCGCCAGAGAAGCUACCGAUUUAGAGAUCAAAGCACAAAUCGAAAAGGAAAAGGCUAUAAUGGAAAAGAAAAAGGAAGCUUUAAGGAAGAAUGCCUUGGAAGCAAUGAAAAUGGUGGAACAGAGGAGAUUAAGAGAUCGUAUGGUAGAAGAAGUCGAGGAUCGUUUAUGUUGCGUUUACAAUACUGGCAAAAGCCAGUUAGAUGCACUACGAGCCGAACAGACCAAGAAACUAGCUAACGAGCAACAAUUAAAGAUAGAGGCAGAAGUUAAGAAAUUAACCAAUAUCGAAGACAAAUCUAAAGCCCUCGAAUCUGAACGUGUAAGACGUGACAUCACAACAAUGCAAUUGAAAUUUACCGCUGAAGAACAGGAGAAGGUACGCAAAGAUAAAGCUGCCAAACAGGCUCGCAUAGAGGCUUAUCUCAAAGAAAUGGAACAACAAAAGGAGGCGAAACGUAAAUUGGACGAAGAAAAACGUUUCGAUAUGGCUCAACGUUUCAAAAAUACCGAAGUCAAUUGUUUAUUCAAUGAAAAACAAAGAGCCGAGAAAUUGCGGCAAUUCCAAGAUGUACGUACUCAACUCAACCAGCAAAUUGAGGAAAAUAAAACACAAAAAUUGGCUGAAAAACAAGCUGCUAUUAGUUGCUCGGAUAACAGUGUGGAGAAAGAACAUAAAUUCUUCCUGGAAUAUGCUCGUAAUCUUAUGGAAGAUGCUCAACAAAAGGGUAGACCUUUAUAUCCUUUCGUUAAGGUGGUGCAUCAAUAUAAACGUGACAAUCAAAUUGAUUGUGAUCGUAAAGUAGCCAAACAUUUGCAAUCUAAUGUUCCUAUUGGGGAGAAACGCCCAAACACUCAAUUAACUGCAGAGAAAACUGAUAAAGAGCCUCAGGAUUCCACCAGAGAAAGUAUUUUACAGAACUGCUUAAAAAUCAAUGAAAUUGUCAAGGCCGAUUCAAGCCAACAGGAGACCAAAACUGCUGCAGAUAAUGAGGUACCCAAAGAUGAUUGUGCCUUACAUCAUUUACGCUACAGCAUGGAUGAGUUAAAGAAAAUGAAUCAGUUCUCAGCACCCACUUGUCAUUAGAGCUAUUUGCUGAUCAUUAGUUGCAUUAACUUUUUCUAAAUAAAUAAAAUAGAAAAUUAAUUUUUUAUUAAUUUAUUUAUUAAAAACUUGAAAAUUCAUUAUAAAAAAAUUCAAAAAUUAUUUAAAAUUGUAUAAAAAAUAGCAAAAAUAUUUAGGUCUCAAACCUUUUUUAAAUACAUCAUAAUCUUAUUUGUUAAUUGUUAACUUAUUUUUAGUAAAUUUGCAGUAGAUUGGUUUGUUGUUAACUUUUUUUAGUUUAAAUUAUUUUGUUGUUGUUUAAUUUGAGAUUCUUGUUUAAAAAUUAGUUUUUCUUUUAGUUUAAAUAAAAUUUUUAUUUUGUUGAUUAU